AUGCAGGUGCCCAGCCCCAGUGCACGAGAGGCCGCCUCCAUGUAUGGCACUGCCGUGGCCGUCUUCCUGGUCAUCCUGGUGGCCGCGCUGCAGGGCUCGGAGCCCCCGGACAGUCCCUUCCCCUACCACGUCCCGCUGGAUCCCGAGGGUACCCUGGAGUUGUCCUGGAACGUCAGCUACACCCAGGAGACCCUGCAUUUCCACCUGCUGGUGCGCCGGCCCCAGGCUGGGGUCCUGUUUGGCAUGUCGGAUCGUGGGGAGCUGCAGAACGCAGACCUGAUAGUGCUCUGGAGUGAUGGUGCCCAUGCGUACUUUGGGGAUGCCUGGACAGAUUCGGCCGGCCGUCUCCACCUGGAUGCCCACCAAGACUACCAGCUACUGCAGGCUCACAACACCCCUGAGGGCCUGGCCCUACUUUUCAAGAGGCCCUUCAGCACUUGCGACCCCAAAGAUUACACUGUAGAGGAUGGCACCGUACACCUGGUGUUCGCUGUCCUGGAGCAGCCAGUGAGCACGCUGGAGGCCGUGAACACAUCUGGGCUACACACGGGGCUGCAGAGGGUGCAGCUGCUGAAGCCGGAGCUCCCUGUGCCCACCCUGCCACCCGACACCCACAGCCUGGACAUCCGAGCGCCCAACGUCCUAGUGCCCAGCCAGGAGACCACGUACUGGUGCUACAUCGUGGAGCUCCCCACAGCCUUUGCCAGGCACCACAUUGUCAUGUAUGAGCCCCUAGUCACCAAGGGAAAUGAGGCACUGGUGCACCACAUGGAGGUCUUCCAGUGUGCCCCGCAGUUCGAGAGCGUUCCUAGUUUCAGUGGACCCUGUGACUCCAAGAUGAAGCCAGAGCGGCUCAACUACUGCCGCCAUGUGCUGGCCGCCUGGGCUCUGGGCGCCAAGGCCUUCUACUACCCCCAGGAAGCUGGCUUGGCUUUCGGGGGCCCAGGGUCCUCCCGGUUCCUGCGCCUGGAAGUCCACUACCACAACCCACUGCUGAUCGCAGGCCGGCGCGACUCCUCAGGCAUCCGACUUCACUAUACAGCCUCGUUGCGGCCCUUUGAUGCAGGUAUCAUGGAGCUGGGCCUAGUGUACACGCCCGUCAUGGCCAUCCCUCCACAGGAGAAAAGCUUCGUGCUCACCGGCUACUGUACAGACAAGUGCACCCAGCUGGCCCUGCCCCCAUCUGGGAUCCACAUUUUCGCAUCGCAGCUACACACACACCUGUCCGGCCGAAAAGUAGAGACAAUGCUGGUGCGGGGCGGCCACGAGGUGCAGCUGGUCAACAGGGACCCCCACUACAGCCCCCACUUCCAGGAGAUUCGGAUGCUCAAGAAACUGGUGACUGUGCGUCCUGGAGACGUGCUGAUCACUUCCUGCACUUACAACACGGAGGACAGGACUCAGGCCACCGUGGGCGGCUUCGGGAUCCUGCAGGAGAUGUGCGUGAACUACGUACAUUACUACCCGCACACACCACUGGAGCUGUGCAAGAGCGCGGUGCAGGCCGACUUCCUGCAGAGAUAUUUCCAGCUCAUCAGCAGGUUUGGCGGAGAGACUAUGUGCAGCUGCCCCAAGGCCCAGGUAUCCCAGCAGUUCGACUCAGUGCCCUGGAACUCCUUCACCCGGGACGUGCUCCGUGCCCUCUAUGAUUUCGCCCCCAUUUCCAUCAGCUGCAACAAGUCCUCAGCUGUCAGCUUCCCGGGGGAGUGGGACCUGCAGCCCUUGCCCCAGAUCGUCUCCAAACUGGAAGUGACCGAACCCCAGUGCUCCCUUGCCCGUGCCAGCCACAGCCCCGCCAACCCAAUCCUGGUGGACCUGAAGAGGGGCAGUGGCUGAGGGGUCUGGUAGCCCCCCCCCCCACUCCUCGGAGAAGGCGCUGCAGCAGGUGCUCCAGGCCCAGCUCCUUCCCGGGGACCCUGCAUGGCUAAGAGCCCCCCUGAGAGGUUGGACCCCAGGACGGGUCCCCUGCCUCAGUGGGCAGCCCGGUGCCAGCUCCUGCCCAUCUCACUGUGUGCCCGUGGCCGUGGCACGCCUUAAACGAGUCCUGCUCUG